AUGUUAAAUAUUUAAAAGAAGAAGAUGCAAAUCGUAAAACAUUCACAGUCAGCAGCACACUGGAUUUCCUAGCAGAUCGCAAUGAUGAUGGCGCAGUUGUAAGUUGCAGAGUAGAUCAUGAGUCCCUAAACUCUACACCUCAGAUAGCAAUGCAGGUUCUAGAAAUACACUAUACACCUUUAGUUAAAAUCAUUUCUUCCAAUUCAUGGCCUGAAGAAGGACAAUCUAUAAUUUUGACUUGUGAAUCCAAAGGAAAACCACUGCCAGAACCAGUACUUUGGACAAAGGAUGGUGGAGAACUACCAGAUCCAGAGAGAAUGGUUGUCAACGGCAGGGUCCUAAGCAUCAGUUUCCUAAACAAAACAGACAAUGGCACAUACCGAUGUGAAGCAAAAAACCCUAUUGGCCGAAACAGCACAGAGUAUGUCCUGAUAGUACAUGAUGUUUUCAACACUUUGCUUCCCACUACUGUCAUCCCCUCCCUUACCACUGCAACAGUCACAACCACUGUAGCCUUAACAACCAGCACAACCACAUCGGCAACAGCCAUCAGCACCAGAG